AUGUCGCCUAUCCUGCGCCCCAUCGGCAGGGCUAGUCAUGCAUACUUAACGGGCAUCGGCACACCACCAUCUGGACCUGGCCUCAGUACAACGAUGAAAGCGCUGGACCCUACCUUUCCUCUUUAUAGCAUCGCCUAUACCUCUUCCUCGGUGUCUCUUCUCCUCGUCUUGACGAUCAGCCUCCUGCGCCACAGCCGGAACCUUGCUGUCAUCUUCCUCAGCUUCUGGCUUUCACUCGAGCUCGCCGGCGAUGCUGCUUGUUCCGUUAUCUGGGCUGACAACGGCCAUCACAAAGCGAGGUUUCACACCUUCUGCGACAUAUUCUCCCGCAUACAGCUGGUUUCCUAUGUCGUCAAACCCAUGUCGACCCUCCUUCUAUCGCGCAGGCUGUAUAGAAUCGCAAGUCUUCGACCCGUGGAAGCAGUGGGUAGCGCAGCGCGACGCCGGAACUUGGCUAUAGAAUGGAGUUUAGGACUUCUACUGCCUCUUAUUGUAGCUGGCCCGUUCUAUUACAUCGUUCAAACCAACCGUUUCAUAGUGAAGGAAGGCCUCGGCUGCGCAAAUGCUCAUUCCCAUUCAGUGUUCUCUAUCCUCUUGAUCGAGGGUUGGCUCGUUGUACCCCCUCUCGUAUCUGUCAUCUUCUUCUACCCGAGUCAUUAA